CAAAAUGAGGAAAAAAUGAAGUGGGGUUGUGAUAGCCGAACUAAUAUGAGCCGACGAUGAGCUGCGCAUGGUAGUAUUUGGUGGUUGGGUCGUGCGCAUGAAUGAAUGAAUGAAUGGAGUUGUCGUGAUUGUGGAGCAAUGGCCAUGCGCCACUCCCAAAAUUCUCCCUCAUUCUCUCUCUCUCUCUCUCUCUCUCUACUCAAUCGCUCUCAGGCCUCAUCGUUUGAGAAGAACCACAACAAUCUAUUCUAAUUCAUCUAGGUUUGAAAUGAUUCUACCCUUUUUGAUUUGGGGAAUUUUUGGCAAUUUGAAUGAUUUGGUGAAGAGUAGCUAGAAUAACAAUACUUGGAAGAUUGAAGCAAAGGAUUCGGAAAGAUUGGAUUAGUACCGAAGCAAAAAUGGCAACACUUGUAGAGCCUCCAAAUGGUGUGAAGCCUCUAGGGAAGCAUUAUUACUCAAUGUGGCAAAUAUUGUUUGAGAUUGAUACUAAAUAUGUUCCAAUCAAACCCAUAGGCAGAGGAGCCUAUGGUGUUGUGUGUUCUUCCAUUAAUAGGGAAACUAAUGAGAAAGUUGCGAUAAAAAAGAUCAAUAAUGUGUUUGGGAACCGUAUUGAUGCGUUGAGAACUCUUAGAGAACUUAGGCUUUUGCGGCACAUUCGACAUGAGAAUGUGAUUGCUCUGAAGGAUGUUAUGAUGCCUAGUCAGAGGAUGAGUUUCGAGGACGUGUAUUUGGUUUAUGAACUAAUGGAUACGGAUCUUCACCAUAUCAUAAAGUCAUCUCAACCGCUUUCCAAUGAUCAUUGCAAAUACUUCAUCUUCCAGUUGCUCCGUGGAUUGAGGUAUCUCCACUCAGCCAAUAUCCUUCAUCGGGACUUGAAGCCCGGAAACCUCCUUGUCAAUGCCAAUUGUGAACUAAAGAUAUGCGACUUCGGGCUAGCACGAACUAGCAGAGACAACGGACAGUUCAUGACUGAAUAUGUUGUCACUCGCUGGUACCGUGCACCAGAGCUCCUCCUUUGCUGUGACAAUUACGGAACCUCCAUUGAUGUCUGGUCUAUAGGAUGCAUCUUUGCUGAAAUUCUUGGACGGAAACCAAUCUUCCCUGGAUCCGAGUGCCUCAACCAGCUAAAGCUAAUUAUCAACGUCCUUGGUAGCCAAUGUGAAGCUGAUCUUGAAUUUAUUGAUGGUCAAAAGGCUAGGAGGUUUAUCAAAUCACUUCCGUAUGCUAGAGGAGUCCAAUUAUCUUCUCUGUACCCUCAUGCUGACCCUUUAGCUGUAGACUUGUUGCAGAGGAUGCUCGUGUUUGAUCCGUCUAAGAGAAUCACAGUCACGGAGGCUCUUCAUCACCCGUACAUGUCUAGCCUGUACGAUCCAAGCCGAAACCCUCCUGCGCAAGUUGAAAUCAAUCUUGACAUUGAUGAGAAUAUGGGAGAAGGUAUGAUUAGACAGCUGAUGUUGAGAGAAAUGCUUCAUUAUCAUCCUGAAGCUGCUUGUGCCAAUACAUAACUCACGUCUAGAAAAAGUUUCAUUUUUGUUUUCUGUUUGGCAGAAACAAAAACAAAAACCAAAAAGAAGAAACAAAGAAAGAAAGAAAAGUUGUUUUUGAUUUUGAUUUUGAUUUGUGAACUGGUCUGGUUUUUGUCUAGAACCAUGUAUUAGAUAAAUAUUGUUGUUGUUGUUACUCGUAUUGUAUGGAAAUUUUGUUCGAAACUUUUAUUGAUUUAUUAGUCUAAGCUUUUCUGGAGAUGGUUUGUUGUUACUCGUGACUUGUAAACUUUUACUCAUUCUAUGGAAAUUCUGAUAUUGCUUAUUU